AUGCAUAUGGCCAACACACACCAAGCGGACAUCCUGGUGGUCCAGGAACCGUACUGCUACGACAAUGAAAUUGCCCUCUUCAGCAAACUAAUCAUCUUCAGCCACAAGGACCCAGCAGGAAACCCUAAGACAAGCAUAAUCAUGAUUAAUAAGAGCAUCAACGCACAUCAAUUGACCCAACACACCGGGAAAAACUAUACUACGAUAAUAAUCAAGUUACAAACAACUACCAUGGCCAUCAUUUCUUUCUACUGCUCGCCUUCGGAGGAUAUCACACACCCCCUGGAGGAACUACAAGAAACAAUGAAACAGCUUAAAGGAAUACACAUCCUGGUCGCUGGCGACUUUAAUGCCAAAUCACAGAUCUGGCAUAGCCCAGUGGAGGACCCAAGGGGGUACAAAGUUAUUGAGCUAAUCAACAGCCUGAACCUACAUUCUAUGAACACCUGUACACUGGCCACCUACUCCUCCUCCACAGGUGAAAGCUGGGUGGCCUGGCAAAUCGCCAUCUCAUCCCCUACAGUAUACAGUGUAAGACCCUCGAUGAUCAUUCGGCAAGCGACCACCGGUACAUCGAAACCAUACUCGGUGCCGUUAAGGUGGUCAAGCAGCUCUGUAUUCGCCAAAAGACACAAUGGGACCACUUUCAGGAGUAUAUCCAGCUAA